CAGAGUCAGAGAAACACAGUCGUAUGACAGCCCUGCUGGAAAGGCUCCAUGGCAAACACAACUCUUCCCGGUCUUGGCAGGAGACCAGCAAAGUGGUGCGGCAGGCUAUGGAAAAGCGUGGGGUCAUUAAUACAGCUGGACACCAACUGCUGCUCAACUGUUUAGAGACACUCCAGAGGGCACUAAAAGUAUCUUCGCUGCCAUCAAUGACGGAUCGCCUGGAGUCCAUUGAAGAAAUACCUUAUAUCAGCAGACGAUGUACGUUGGGAUCUCACCUGAGCCCAUCACGUACUGAGUGCUAUAUCACCUCAGAUAUGUUCUACGUUGAGGUGCAUUUGGAUAAAGCAGGAAAGCUUGUGGACGUCAAAGUGGCCCACCAUGGUGAAAACCCUGUGAGUUGUCCUGAGCUGAUACAACAUUUAAGAGACAAACAUUUUGAUGAGUUUUCCAAACACCUGAAGGGUUUGGUCAACCUGUACAAGCUCCCUGGAGACAACAAAUUAAAGACAAAGAUGUACUUGGCACUUCAGUCUCUGGAGUUAGACCUCACCAAGAUGAUGCAUAUGUUCAGGAUAGCCACUAAUGCCAACACUGUGGAGACAAUACUUCACGGUAGUGUGGGUCUGUUGACGGCGAGGAGCGGCGGUCAUCUAGUAUCUCUACAGUGUUAUGUUUCUCCAAAUGACAUCUUUGAGGAGGGAACAGGAGCCCAACUGAACUACACUGCUGUCAAUAUUCCCCGUACUUUAGGUGUGAGUGUGUCGGUGACUGUUGAGGGCACCACAUCAGUUUACAAGCUACCCAUCGCUCCGCUUAUCACAGGAUCUCAUCCAGUUGACAACAAAGGGACUCCAUCAUUUUCUUCUGUAACAAACUCAAACUGUGUAGAUUUACCAGCAUGUUUCUUCCUGAAGAUGAAUCGCUUGAUGCCAUUCUCUUUAUCGUAUAUUAAAAAAAUGGGCAGUACUACAGGCAUCCCUGUUUUGGAGACAGUGCCCACCUUGUCCCCACUAUAUGAUCUCAUCAUUAAGAGCCAACUGCACGAGGAGGGAGAGGCCAGUCCUCCUGCUUUGGCCCAAUCAAUGCGUUUUUAUACAUCUUUACCAGGACAGCAGCAUUGUUAUUUCCUAAAUGGUGAUGCUCCAGUGCAGGAUGGGAGGUCUCUUCAAGGAGCUUACGUUUCCAAGAUUCCCUUCAGACAUCCUGCUCAGGUGCCUGCUCUUCUCGACAUUAUAAGACACCAGGCUGCCUACAACACGCUGAUUGGUAGCUGCGUCAAAAAAACGUACAUUAAGGAAGAUACUCCUGGACUGCUGCGGUUUGAAGUGUGCCCUCUAACUGACUCGAGCUUUAGUGUGUCUUUUCAACACCCUGUAAAUGAAUCACUUGUCUGUGUGGUGAUGGAGGUGAUUGACUCGAGACAGGUAGCCUGUAAGCUCUACAAGGGUUUAUCUGAUGCUUUGAUCUGCACUGAUGACUUCAUUACAAAAGUAGUCCAGAGAUGCAUGUCCAUUCCUGUGACUAUGCGUGCCAUCCGACGCAAGGCAGAGACCAUUCAGGCAGAUACUCCAGCAUUGUCCCUUAUAGCUGAAACUGUGGAAAUUAUGGUGAAGAAGAACUUGCCCCCAACUGGCAGCCCAGGUUACAUGGGAAUGGGUACAGGACCAGAUGGGAGCAACCCAGUGGGUCUUGCUGGUUUAAAUAGUGGAACCAACUCUGCAGGAAGCAACAAUGUUGUGGAUGUAGGAGGAAGUGGAUCUUUCCAAGGCCCAAUCACCUCGCUUUUCAACAUGGGUCGUACUGGUCAGGGAGGCUCAUGUGCCGACACCAUAGGACAGGGUGGAGGCCAGCAGCAAACAAUGCAACAACAACAUCAACAGUCUCAGAGCCAUGGUUCAGAUGACUUUAGUAAAGUUACUCAGAAUCCAAUCCUAACCAGCCUUCUGCAAAUAACAGGCAGUGUUGGGUCCAGUCCAACUCCCCAGCCACCUCAGCCUCACCAGACCCCCCCACCAACCACCUCACCGGCAAGCAACACCAAAAACCACCCCAUGCUAAUGAACCUACUGAAGGAUAAUCCCUCACAAGAUUUUGCUGCAUUGUAUGGCAGUAGCCCUCUUGAAAGACAGAACUCAUCUGGCUCCCCGCGGACAGAUAGCCAAGGGCAGUCUUGCCCCAGCACCAAGGGCAAGAAAAAGCGUCCAAGAGGCUCUGAUAAAGGAGUAAUGGGAGCAGGUGGCGGAAUGAACAUGAAACAACAAUCUCAGCAGCAGUUGGGAGGCAUGACCCAACAGCAUCAUCACACACACCACUCUGAAGACGAUUUCCACCGAGAGCUUUUCUCUAUGGACGUUGAUGCCUCCCAGAACCCCAUUUUUGAUGUUAGUCUUCCAGGUGAUGGACUUGACACCCCUCACAGUAUCACUCCAGCUCCAAGUCAGUGUGGAACACCACCUUCAGGUCCUGGAAUGCCAUACCACUCUCAGUGUCAUGUCCAACCCCAGACACAAGUCCAGUCUCAGCCACAAGGAUCUAUACCCCGUAUGGUCCGCCUCUCCAGCUCUGACAGUAUUGGGCCUGAUAUCAAUGACAUUUUGUCUGAUAUUCCUGAUCAGGCCAACAAAGGAAGCAACAGCAGUCAUGGCCAGCACCUCAUGGCUGGUGAAGAGGGGGGUUCCUUGGGAACUCCACUCCGGGAUUCUUCCAGCUCAGGUCAAGGCAGUGCCGUUUUUGAGGCAGAUCUGUUUAAUGCAAACAGCAAUGAAAAUCCCUUUACUGAUGCGGCAGACUUGAUUGCAGAAGCUGCUACUGCAGCAACACCCAAUAGCGAUACUUCCUCAACUAAUUUCUUUCCAGACACAGACUUCAACCCAGAGCUUUUAUCAGGACAGGGAAGUUUUUCACAGACCUACUUUGAAGACAGCUCCCCCAGCCCUGACCCAGAUCUUGAACUGGUUAAAAGUUUCAGUGGGGGAAGUCAGCAGAACACUCCUACAGGCACACCUCAGAAUCCUGCCUCACAUGGACAAAAUACUCCAGAGGCUUCAUUGAAAGACCCUUUUGAAAUGGGUAUAUUUAGUGGGAAUGGUAGUGGAGGAAAGCCAAUACUGGGCCCAGCAUCAGAUAUGGCGGACUCACACUUUUCUCAUACUGGUGGAGGCCAAAGUCCACUCAUGUUGGGCAUUGUGCUAGCAGGUAAUGAUUUUAAAAGUGGUGAUGCAAAGGUUAAACCACAGCAGAUGAGGGCAAAGGAGGAUAAUGGGGGAGGAAAUUCUGGAAUAGGAAUGGGGAGUGUAUGCUCUUCUGAAAUGAAGCAGGUAAAACGCAGUCGCACUCCUUCAAGUGAGGGCAAAUCAAAAGACAAACCACCAAAACGUAAGAAGCUAGAUCCAGAUGGCAAGUCACCUUCACACAGCUCAGGGGGUCGGCCAUACACUCCUCCUUGUGGAAGUGCAACUUCUGGAGGAUUAGUAAGUGCAGGUGGAUCUAAGUCCCCUGGGAGCUCAGGCAGGUCUCAGACUCCACCAGGAGGUGCUACUCCACCAAUCCCCAAAAUCACUAUACAAAUACCCAGGACUUUAACUGGAGGAAAAACAUCAUCUCAUGGAGGCUACACAUCAAGUAGCUCAGCAAGCGGAGGUACUGGUAGUACAAGUGGCACAAGCAGUAGCAAAAGCCACCAUUCCCACUCCUCUUCUUCUGGGAAGAUAAAAAGUAGUAAACUUGAAGGCUCUGUUGGGCAAGGCAAUAUCCCCAAAUCAUCAAUCAUUGCAGGUAUUGGCAGUGGUAUGCCUUCUCAAUCCAAAGGAUCUUCCAUGGGGAUGGCUGUAGGCAAGCCAUCCUCUUCUCCCAUAACAAAGCACGGUUUAUCAGGCUCAGGCAGUGGUGGCAGCAGUGGAACAGGAAGUGGAAAUAAAAAGCCCCAAGGUGGUAAGCCACCCAGCUCACUCAUGAACCCCAACAUCAAGCCCAACAUAUCACCCUCACACUCUCGUUCUGGAAGUUCUGACAAGCUGUCCUCUCCAAUGAAACUCCAACAAGGCCAGUUGCCUGGAACCCCACCCUCUUCUAAGGCUAAAUCCCCUAUUGGCUCAGGUGGUGGAGGGUCAGGAGGAUCCAAGUCUUCUUCAGGUGGUGGAAUGGGAACCCAAAAACUAUUAGGCAGUAACUCAUCCACAGGCACUUCUUCAUCCUCUACCUCCUCUGCAAGCUCCUCUUCGUCAUCUGGCUCCAUACCCUUUUCUUCAAAUGGUCAGUCACAGUAUGGGAGCAGUGGCGGAGGUUGCAGUGGAGGGGGUGGUGGAAGUGGAAACAACCCUAAUGCAAAAGGCAAGUCCCCAAGCCGAAACAAAAAGCCAUCUCUUACCGCAGUCAUAGACAAACUGAAAAGUGUGGGUAGUGGGGGAAUUGGGGGAGAGGAGGGUGAAGGUUGUGGUGGCAGUAGUGGGGUAGUGCCACAAAAUACUGGUCCUACAUCCUCCAAGCAUGGUAUGUCCUCCCUGGGAGGCGAGUUUCUCAGCAAGCGAGACAAGAUAGACAAAGAUGGCAAAUCAAAGGUGUCUGGAUCAGGGGGCAAUUCUGGUGACAAGAAGACUGAUUCCAAAAGUAGUGCUGUGACAGGCACUGGUGUGGCAAAGAUUAUCAUCAGCAAACCAGAAGGGGGCUCUCCAAGCAUAAAAUCUAAAGUAACUCUUCAGAAACCUGGAGAAAAUUCUGGAGAUGGUGCCAUGCGUUCACAGCACUCAGGCCACAAAGCAUCACCCCUUUUCAGUGGUUCUACACCAAAACAUGACCGCAGCUCUCCAAGCCACAGCCGUUCCCCUGGGUACACGCCUAUAAAUCCAGACAGUGAGAGUGAGUCUGGUAGCAGUUCAAUUGCUGAAAAAUCUCAUCAGAACAGUCCUAGCUCUGAUGAUGACCAAACUAUGAGACCACACCAACCAAUUCAAGACUACAUGAGUUCCAUAUCCAUUAGCCAGAGUGAAAAACACAAGAAACAUAAAAAAGAGAAGAAGAAGCAGAAAGAGCGGGAAAGAGAUCGAGAAAAGGAAAAGAAGAAGUCAACAAUGACUUGUGGGCCCUCCUCUCACCCAGUAAAGACAGAUGGCUGGUCCAGAUCCCCUAUAUCUUCAGAAACUUCAAUGUCAUUGCUCAGCUCUGAACGCUCCUCACGACCAAGUCCUGUGUAUAUCCAUGCAGAGGAUGAUGACCUCAUGGACUCUGCCUUGACAGGCAAUCUAGAACCUUUCAAAUAAAAAAAAAGAAAUUAAUUAAUUAAUAGUUUGCAGAGGCAAAGGAAUGCAGCUGACUUUUCUUUUAGACUGCAUUUUUUUAAACAAUUGGAGAAAAAAAAUCAAGUAUUUUAUGAUAAUUGUAUUAUGUAUAAAUGUCACUAUUUUUAAUGUGGAAUUAUUCUUUUGAGGUAAAUAUCUUAAAGUUGUCAAAUUUGAUUUAAAAACAAAAAAAAAGAAUUCCAUUUAAAAUCAUUUGGCAGUAUAUAGAAUAUUGGUACAAGAUUUUAAAUGGAUUAAUAGUAGCUAUGUAUGUGUUUUUUUUCUUCUUUUCUUUUCUAAUGAUAUGCUUUAUUUAGAAUUUUUCCAAAUUAGAUGGUAUAUACACUGUGAAAUCAAACGUAUAAUAGUCUUGUCUGUCAUUGAGUUAUUUAGCUUGCUUAACUGGAUGCAUUGUCAAAAA